GCUUGGCAACAAUGGUCACAAUUGACCACGCUUGGAGAUUGCAAAUACUGGGAGGCAUAGAAAAUCAGAAUACAGUUUUCCGACUAAAACUUUUUUUAUCGGAAUAAGUUCAGGUUCAGACUAUUUUGAGGGUUGGCUGUUACCUCAGCAAGACCACAUACCCAAGACCAUUAUGAAGACCCAAACCGCAGAACAAAGACCCCUACUACUACAAAGCUAAGACAAAAGUCUACAAAGACCCUCCAUAUUUGAUCAGAAAUAUGACGACAAAGAAGGUUGUAUUUGAUGGUGAUAUCACCUUUUGUCCGGAGUGUGGAACAAUCAUGCCAAACCCGGGAUUGGCCGAUGUUGUCACCUGUAGCAAUUGUAAAUUUCAACUUGAUGUUAUAGAAUAUGAUGGUGUAGAGAUCCACUCCAAAGUUGUGUUCAAUAAGCGAAAAACUCAAACAUCUUCAGCACUCGAUGAUGAGGAAGCAAGUAAAGGGCCUCUGGUUGACCGGCAGUGUUCCAAGUGUGGUAAUGAGGGAAUGACAUUCUCCACCAGGCAGACGAGAGGAGCUGAUGAAGGCCAGACAGUAUUCUUCACAUGUCCACGCUGCGGGUUCCAAGAAUCCGAAUUUUCUUAGCAGCAUCGAAUCAUAUUUUACUGUACAUAUUAAGUUGUUAAACAAUAAAACUUGAAAAAGA